GAGGCAUGUGGGCCUUAAUGUAAUCUUGGUUUAGAGCAGGCAAUGAUUCAUUGAAGAGCUAACAAAAUGUGAAAAGCCCAGCAUUGCUAACACCCAAGGCUUCAAGCUGAAGGUUAUUGAAUAGGUACAGUAAUGGCGAUGGAGCGUGGUAAGUAGAUUCACGACAAAGCCGACCAACAACGUCAAACAGAAUGGGGACCCAUUUCAACAGUAGUUAGUCAAAGUAAGUAUCAAACUGGAUCUUGUUCUUCUUGUUGUUACUGUCUAAGUCAAGAUUUCAAAAUAAAGAAUGAACCCUAUUUAUUACAGACAUAAACAUAGGUAGAUAGAUGCAAAUCUCUAAAGAAAAGAAAACAGAACAAAAAAGCAAAGAAAAGAUGCUCCCUCUCCCACUAAAGUUGGUACGACAAGCCAUUACACAUCACCCUCUCCUUCUCUCCCAAAAUACUCACCACCGUCGUCGCCGCAGUCGCCGUCGCGAUCACCACCGCCGUGAUCUUGAUGAAGAAGAAGAUGAUGAUAGUGAAAAUGAUGCCUGCAAUUCCAAGCCCAGCUCUUACAAUUUUUAUCAUCAUUCCUCAAAACCAACGAAACCCAAAUCCAAAACCCCAUUUCUUCUUUUUCUUCCUACUAGAGAACUCAUCGGUGAUACAUACAGGUUGGCCAACAUAGCUAGAGAAAUGGGUAUGGAUUUGUACCCUACUCCUUCCCUUUCUCACAUCAUUUUCUCUUUCUCUUCUUCUUCUCCUUCACCUUCCUCUUCUUCCUCUAUUUCUUCUGCUUCUUCUUCAUCUGCUUCUUCUUCUGCUUUGUCUCUCUCUUCUUCUUUCUCCAUGCCUUUACCCACUGGCGCUGUUUUGAUUUCCUUCCCUUCACUGUCUUCCUCAUCCCUUUCCCAUCUUCGAUCCUUUGUUUCCCUUUCUAAAGGUCUUUUCAAGCUGGUCUUUAUCACUACCGACUCGGAUUAUGACCCCAAAUCCGAUGAUGCCCGCAACUGGGAUUGCUGCUCCAUCUCUCUGUUUUCAAGGCGGACAGGCGAUAGGAUCGAGUCCAUGCAGUCAUUUUCAAGGGCUUUAACUGGAAUGGGAUGGACCCUUUACAGUACAAGGAAAAACCCUUCUCUGGAUUCCCUUAAUACCGCUACCAAAUCGGUUCACUUGUUCAGAAAAGUGGAUUCUGGUCGUGUUCGUGGAGGAAGAGGCAAUGGGGAACACAGGAUAAGAGAGCUGAGAUUGCCUUCGUUGGAUUUCAGGAAUGCUCCUUUGAAGAUAUUGCAGUAUAUUGUUUUGAUGACUGAUGAUGUUUUUUAUCUUGGGUAAAAAAGAAAAAUCAUAAUGGGUGGAGUUCGUGUAUCUUGUUGGGAAAUGCUAUAUUAGUUUCUUUGUUCUCUCAAUGUAGAAUAUGCAAUCAUCUUGAAUAAAGAGGAUCAUUGCCCCCUUGACUUAAGAGGAAUUUGGAGGGGUGAAAGUACCAUGGACAUGGAGGCCUUGUAUUAGGAGUCAAAUUGUAUUUUGCUUCCUUUACUCAAAAAAUGGGCAAUUCCUAUCUAUUAUAUCAAAGAGCAAAUUGGUCAUUUUUAUUCAAAAUUUUAUUCAUUUCUACUAUUAAAAGCUAGUUAUUUUACCUUAGCACGAGGUAUAUGUGAUACGCCACAUGUCAUUGUAUGAAUAUUUCAUCAGUCUCGUUAGUUUUUAACAUUAUGAAUGGAUUAAAUUUUUAAUGGAA